AUGAAAGUAAACUCAUCAUAUCAUGUAAUUGCCAAUACGAAAGUAAACUCAUCAUAUCAUGUAAUUGCCAAUAUAAACAUAAACUCGUCAUAUCAUGUAAAUGUCAAUAUGAAAGUAAACUCAUCAUAUCAUGUAAUUGCCAAUAUAAAUAUAAACUCAUCAUAUCAUGUAAAUGCCGAUAAAAACAUAAACUCAUCAAAGCAUGUAAAUGCCAAUAUGAAUGCAAACUCAUCAAAGCAUGUAAAUGCCAAUGCAAGUGGAAUAAUUAUAUCAUGUAAGAGUACUUGA